AUGAGUAACCAGACGGUAGUAACAGAAUUUGUCCUUCAGGGAUUCUCAGAGACACCACAACUUCAGGUCCUCCUCUUUAUUCUCUUUCUCAUCCUCUACACAGUGGCCCUCUGUGGCAAUUCCCUCUUUGUCACAGCCAUUAUGUUCAGCUCUGGGCUCCACACCCCCAUGUACUUCUUCCUGGUCAACUUGUCUGUGUUGGAUGUUGUCUGUGCAUGUACUGUGGUUCCCAAGCUAUUGGAGAUCUUGGUUGCAGAGAAGAGAACCAUCUCAUAUGAAGGCUGCAUGACCCAGAUGUUCUUUCUGACAUGGUCUGUUGCAGCAGAGUUGCUGCUCUUUACAGCCAUGGCCUAUGAUCGCUACGUGGCCAUCUGCCAGCCCCUGCACUACAGCUCCAUGAUGAGUCCUCAGGUGUGUGCAGUGCUGGCUGGAGCUGUGUGGAGCAUCAGUGUGCUUGGGGCUGGGAUUAACACUUGUCUGAUAUUGCAACUAACCUUCUGUGGGCCCAACGUGAUAGACCACUUCUUCUGUGAGAUUCCCCCACUUCUACUACUCUCCUGCUCCUCCACAUAUAUGAAUGACGUCAUGACUGUUGUGGCAGACAUCUUCUUUGCUGUGUUGAACUUCUUGCUCACCAUGGUGUCCUAUAACUUCAUCGUCUCCACCAUCUUGAAGAUUCGCACUGCAGAGGGAAAGCUUCAUGCCUUCUCCACCUGCUCAUCUCACCUCAUCGUGGUUACUAUGUAUUACUCCACCAUCAUCUACACCUACCUGAACCCAGGAUCCAACUACUCCCCAGAGAAGAGCAAGAUCAUGGCUGUGCUCUACUCUACAGUGAGUCCCACCUUGAACCCCUUCAUCUAUACCCUGAGGAAUAAGGAUGUUAAGGCAGCCCUCCAGAAAGUCUUUAUAUUCUUAACAAAGAAACUGUAA